GGAGCAACUGCGCUCACGUCGCUGUGCAUAAACGACGCUCCGCCGCACGCAAGUCAGUCGCUCGCUGACGUUCGAGGGAGUAAGGUUGACCUGUUUUUCGCCGUCUCCUCCGCGCGAUGUCGGAAGUAUUCAAACUGGGUGAUCUAGUAUGGGCGAAGAUGAAGGGAUUCUCACCGUGGCCGGGCCGGGUGUCGGUUCCUUCAAAGGACUUGAAGAAGCCUGCGAACACUAAAAAGGGACCAGUACAGUGUAUCUUCUUCUUUGGGACAAACAAUUACGCAUGGAUAGAGGAAUCUCACAUUAAACCCUAUCAAGAGUAUAAAGAGACUUUAGUGAGAUCUAGCAAAUCUGGUGCAUUCAGAGAUGCAGUGGAAGCCAUAGAAGACUUUAUCGCCAAAGGAGAGGUAUUCGAGGAUGGUUUGGACCCGGACUCUUUGUUCGACAGACUCAAAGAAGAGACUGUACCCGAGAAGAAAUCCGUCGUCAAAACGCCGAAGCCGCGUAAGGACGCUACUGGAAAAACUCCCAAGCGUCCAAGCGACAGCGGUACAGGCGAUCGCCGGCCAGCUAAAAAGCAACGUCGAGAAUCUAGUAGUAGCAAUGUUGACAGUGUCAGUCCGAGUAAUAUGAAUCAUUCUACACCUGCCAGAAAAACGGGAUCGCUUCUUAACAGACCGGCUAAUAUCGCUAGACCUGUUACACCACCUUUAGAUGUCGAAACGAUGUCGCAAACUCUCAAGGAGAAGAAUAUCCUCCCGUCAAAACUGAAAUUUGGAUUUCUCGGGCUUGGCAUCAUGGGCAGCGGUAUCGUGAAAAAUUUGAUCAACAGCGGUCACAGUGUGAUCGUGUGGAAUCGAACGCAGGAAAAGUGUACAGAUUUUGUGAAGGCAGGAGCUGAGCAAGGAUUGACUCCAUCUGAUGUCGUUUUGGCAGCCGAUAUUACCUUCUCAUGCGUGGCCGACCCUCAGGCUGCUAAGGAUAUGGUCUUCGGUAAUUGCGGUGUCCUGACCGAGAUAUCGCCCGACAAGAGCUACGUCGAGAUGACCGGCAUCGACGCAGAGACAUCUCAAGAUAUCGCCGAGGCGAUAAACGGUAAGGGCGGUCGAUACCUCGAGGCACAGGUACAAGGGAGCAAAACGCAGGCACAGGAGGGCACCCUGGUCAUCCUCGCAGCCGGGGACCGCUCGCUAUUUGACGAAUGUCAAUCUUGCUUCGAGGCAAUGGGCAAGAAUAGCUUCUAUCUCGGCGAAGUCGGCAAUGCUUCCAAGAUGAAUCUUGUACUUCAACUAAUGGCCGGUGUCACCCUGGCAGCUCUGGCCGAGAGCAUGGCACUCGCGGAUCGCGCUGGACUCCAGCAGAAAGAUGUCCUGGAAGUUCUGGAGUUGACAUCUUUAGCGUGUCCGGCAAUACUCGAGAAAGGGAAAGCGAUAAUUGAAGGCGGCUUCCCUACUCAACUACCGCUGCAACAUAUGCAGAAGGAUCUGCGACUGUCGUUAGGCAUGAGCGAUCAGUUGGAGCAACCUCUGCCGCUGGCUGCCGCGGCGAAUGAAGUAUACAAGCACGCAAAACGUCUUGGAUACGGCGAACAUGAUGCCUCGGCCGUUUAUAUCAGGGCCAGGUUCUAACGCAGCAUCUGCUUCGUGUUGUUGUCACCGAGCUUCUUUAUAUUUAUUGCGAUACCUGACGUUGUUUCCCGCCGCUAAGAGAGGAGAAAGAGAAUUACGCAUACAUAAAGUAAAUAUAUUCGUAUAUUUUUUUGGUUUGAUAUGUCCUCGGUAAACACCAGCUGACAGUAAUUAAUAUUAAGAUUUUCUGCCCAACAAUACAACUGUUACGUACAACAUGUGUCACAUUGAUAUUGUUGAGCGGAAAAUUAUGAUGUAAACUAUCAGCUGGUGUCAACUGGGUAGAUUGACGAUUUCAAAAGACGAUUAACACACACAUGUAUAAACAUUUGUGAGAUUUUACGGAAGGUAGAGGCAAUUGAAAUUUAAUUAACGCGAAGAAACAAGAAAGCCCGGUAGCGAAUUGUAGAAGAGAGUUUGUCGAUGCGCGUCGCGAAAGUAAAAUGUUUUAUAUUUGUUUGAAUUAUUUUUAUCACUUCUCUCACACUGUGGCAAUGACAACUUGGAUUCUUAACUGUGACAAUAUUCAUUUUUCCGACGCCCGUAACAACGAGUUCCCCUCGUGCAUGGCGACGCGAAAGGAAACACAAUUUUUCGUCGCGCGCGGAACGCGGUGGAACAGCGUCGGUUUCAUUAACAAUCGAGCUCCCGAGCCGCGUUUCGAUUUCGAUGCGCGCGCGAGACCCCCACUGGUUACACGAGAGAUUCGGGACGUGUGGAGAGAACAAAAAAAAAAGAUAUGUGCCUUACGAUACCGAUUGAAGGAAAAAAGGCUUAAACGUUGCGCGAGACAAGCCGCUUGAAAGCGGCUUCAUGUUAAAACGAUCACCCUGUAAUCGCGACGUGAGAUUAUACCUCGACGACAGAGGGAGAUUUGACGAGUUCGGCCACGAGACGAUAACGUUCACACAGAGACAGUUAAUGACAGGUUAAUGACAGGUAGUCACAGGAUGGUAUAAUAGAGAACGCACGCUUUACAUGCUGCAAUUGUAAAGUUUAAAUUUUACAACUACGCGAACUAUCUUAGAAAUGUCCGCCAAUCGGAGCGAUAACGGCAAGGGGACUGAUCCUUCCUCCGUACACCCUCGUCUUCUUUACACUCUGGAUAACUUUUAAUGGACUAUUUUAUAGACGCACUUUUACUUUCAUUAGAUUUUUCUCGAGUUUGUAUACCGCACUUUGUACAACGAACAGACGCAUCAGGUUAUCUUGCGCUGUUUAAUUAGUGAAUUAGCGGAUCUAACUAAAGGAUUAGUUAGCUAUUUUUCUGAAGAUAUAUAUAUAUAUAUAUAUAUAUAUCGAUAAGCAUAAUCGUCAUCGAAUUUGUCGGCGUAGGAAAAAAAAAUCUGAUAUCGUCGCGGUGUCUAAAUGAAACGGAAAAGAUAAAUUUGCGCUCGCUAACUCGGUUCACUUUAACCAAUGUCACUGUUGAUCAACAAGUAACGUAAUUUUUAUUAAAUAUGGAAAGACUGGGGAGAGCGUUAUUUAGUAACUAUAUAUUAUGUGUAUAUUACAUGUUGCGUUUUUGUAUCUUCUUCAACAAUAACGUUAGCGUUAUCGGCUCUCCUCGAAGGCCUGGUCUUCAAAGCAGUAGCAGAAACUGAAAACUGUACGUCUGCAAGUAUUUUAUAUACUUUCGGUCAUUCCACAGUUCUGCAAGAGAAAAAUAUCAAAUAUCGAAGUCAACAAGCCGAACAUAAUAAAAUCUGAAUAAAAAGUAUAAUUGAUGGAUGAUGAUUUUUGCGGGUCACACUUUCCCAAACCCUGACGUUAUUCGUUCAGUAGUUCAGUUUCAUAAGAGCGUCGCGUGUUCUCGGAACGAUCUUCAAGACGAUUUCCAUUUCCCCGUACGAGACGUGCGAUCUUCGCGUUAUCGAAGGGGGAUCCUUCUGACGACGAGGAAAAAAGUGAAUGCGUUUCCGUUUUCUCAGAAAGAUGGUCUCGUGGGCGACGCGCGACGAAAUCGAGAGUAACAGGAAUGUUGCGCGAAUUGACGCGCGGGGGAGACGUUUGGUCUUGAGAAACCAAAGAAAAAAGAUGCACGAAUGUCGAUGCGCAAAGAAAUAUCGACGUUUUAAGAUACAUGAAGGUUUAUAGAGUCAAUUUCUCCACGUCGCGAAAUAAAUUUGCGCCACCUCUAUUUGAUCCUAUGAAAAUGUUCCAGGUAGAACAAUUACAGAUUUUUUGUAACAAUUAUUGAACAUCAAUUUUCUCAUAGAAAAUUGAUAUUCGAUAUGAAAAUCGAGGAUUGCUAAUUGUUUAAGAUUUCGGAUAGAAAUACGUAAUUUUUUUUACUGUUGUUUCUAUAAUGUACUUUUGUAUAUCUUAAUUUAUUAAGAUAUCAAGUUAACUUAAUUUUAAGAUUGUAAAUCUUUAUAUUCAGCGUUUAAUUAACAGUUUUGGAAAUAUUUAGAGAAAUAUUUAAAAAAAUGGAGAAAUUUUCUCUUGCUGGGAGAACCCGAGAGAGAUUGUUCCGGUGUCGAGAAGUUAAUCUAUUUCAGGUGGUGGUUUCCAUUUCUCUCUUCAGGCGGCAAUCCAUUCGGAUCACGUGCACUUUUAUCUGCAGACAGAUACCCCUCGAAAAUCGAUCGGAAAUAUCGUGCGCCGUUCACUCGGCGCAGAUUCAGAAUUUGUGCGGGAAAUUGCGUGGCGUAUAGCUGAAAUAACAGUGGCUUGGCGCCAUUAUCACGUGUGCGACAACAUGUAAUUAGACACGUACACAAUCAACAGUUAAAUAAUAACAUCGUAAAUUGUAAUGUGUAUGAACCUGCAACACCUGCGGGGCGGAGAUAGAAGAAUAUUAUAUUCUACUGCAUAAAAAAAAAGCAUAAAGAAAGAUAUAUUAUUAGUAAAUAUUAAGUUUACUAAAAAAAAAAGAAAAAAGAGGAAACAAGGAGAAAACGAAGAAAGAGGGAGAAAAUGACGUGGGAGUAAUUAGUGUGAGUGCGAGCGAAUGAAUGAGGGUAUAUACGUUAUGCGCGUUACGUCGAUAACGGACGUUAUAUGUUUUGUCAUGGAUACACAAUGGUUUUUUGAAUAAAUAUCUAUUUGACCUAUGAA